AUGAGCAAUAACUCAAACAGCAAGAAGACGUCGUGGCCGGAGGUGGAGGGGGUGCCGGCCCAGGUGGCCAAGCACAAGAUUCUGGCCGACUGCCCGGACGUCAAGGUGGACGUUCUGCCGUACGGCUCCGGCGUGACCGAUGACUACGACACCAAGCGCGUCCGCGUCUUCUUCGACUACUUCCGCAACGUGGUUGGGGUCCCCAAGGUCGGCUAG